AUGGAACUUAACUUCGCCCUUUAAGAUAAGCAGAAUUUUUUUGCUCACUCUUAAAGAUUAUUUUUAAAAAAUAUAUCGAAAUAUUUAUAUAUAAAUGGAUAUUCCGAAUUUUGGAAGCUUGCAGAAGUUCUGUAGCCUUAUUGUAGUGCAUCAUUAUGCAUAUUAUAAAAUUCAAUUAAAAACUAUUUGUCUUUUAGACUCUAAGCAGUAAAUGGAGAGUAAGAAUAAUUUGUCAAGGUAUUGAGCAUUUAGGCAACAGCCAAAUCCAAAAUCCUUCUGGAUAAAGUAUUAUAAGGUUAGAUUUGGAGGGGAAGUAGAGAAAAUCUAUAAUAAAGUUCAAAAACCUGUAAGUAUAGAAAAAGAAUUAAAAAUAAUUCUUAAAAGCUUAUGCGAAGAAUGAGGAUUAGAUCUCGAAGAGAUUCAAGAAUACUUUACUGAAAGGCUCAACCCUAAUGAUCAUAGAGAUUUUGUCAAUUUAUACGAUUUAAGCCUUGAAGCCCUAAUUCUCCGUUCUAAGAGCUGGAAAGAUAGUGAAAAUUAAUUUUGGAAAUUUGUAAUAAUUUAGCUAAAAAUCUUAUUAAUUUUUUGAUGUCUUGAUCUAAACAAAUUAAAUCAAUGAUUUUCUUAUAAAUUGGAAACUCAAAAUUAAUAAAAAUUUUAAAUAAUUAUCCUUUCUAUGAAAAAUAAAAAUAUUUCAAUAUGAGAAAUAAGAAGGAGGCUUGGAAAUUACAUUCUAGAAAAAAUUUUUGAGAUUGAAGGAGAUAAAGAUGAAGAUAUCAGCGAUUAUUUGCACAAUAUAUGAGAUAAAGAAAACCCAGAAGAGUUUCUCAGAUUAAAAAUACAAGAAAACAUAAAACAGACAAAUAACGUCAAGACACCAAAAUCAAGUCAAAGAAAAUUAGGCAAAGCUAACCAAUCUCCAGAACAAAGCAUAAGAUCUCGUGGAAAAGACUUGCAAAGCCAGUCACCAGAGCAAAGCAUAAGAUCAGUUGAUCAAGAAAAACUAAGCCAGUCCCCGCAGCUAAGUCCGAAAUUAAGUUCCAAGAAAAAAGAGCUAACAAAUGAAAGCGUCAAGCAGUUAAAAGAGCAAAUUGAGUCAGCAGUUUCAAGUAUCAAAAAAAUCGAUAAUGAGUUUGUAAGUUUUGUAUCUCAAAAUCAAAAGGAUAGAGAGAGUGAUUAUUCUGGAGAUGUGUCAAUAAAAAGUGCACUAGACAAAAAUGAAGAAAAACUUAAAUCCCCUUCAUCUCCUAUAAAAUAUCUAGAAAGCCAAGAAUCAGCAGCCUCUAGUGUAAGAAAAUUAGCAAAAGAAGAUAUUCAAACGAUAAUUAAACAGCCAAGUGAAAUAAAUACUGGCUCUCCAAGUUCAAAGAACCAAGGAAAUUUCUCAUUUGUUGAUAGAGACAGUCCAAGUCUUAAUAAUGAUUCUUAUCUAGAGAAAAAAAAUCGGUUAAAUUCUAAAAAGGAUAAAAGUCCUAGACAAUCCCCAAGUCUUCGCAAUCAAGACCAUAACAAUAAACUCCAAAAAGAAUUCUAUAAUGAGCAAGCAAAUGCUAUCAAAGAAGCAUGAAUAACAAAAAUUUUGGAGCCUCUUUCUCUAGAAAUUGAAAAGAUCUUUUAUUCUUAUGACCCAUAUGAUGAAAAGCUUGUGGAAAUAAAACAUUUAAAAAAUGUCUUCAGUGAAGUCAUAAAAAUUGCAAAUUUGGAGCUAUCUGAAUAUGGUUUAGAUGAUUUUGAGAGAAUUGUAAAUAAAGAAUUUAUAUCAAGCAAGAGAGACAAAUCGCUAAACAAGACUCAAACAAAUAAAGUAGAUUUUAAUCAAUUCAUAAAAAUUAUACAAGAAUGGUCAAUGAAAAAUGAGCCAGAGCCUACUGAUUUUAUAGGAAAAAUUAAAAGAACGAUUAAACAAUAUGAAAAUAUUAUCUAUGCAUAUGGAGGUGCAAGCGAAGAUACAGCUCCAGUAGAAAUUUUAAUUCAAGAGCUUAAACAAGAGCUUAAUUCUCAUAUUUCUGCAAAAGAAAUUAAAAUAGCCAAACAAAUCGCUGAUCAGCAAAGAAAAAAUCUAUCUGAAAUUUUCCAAUUUUAUUCAAAAAUCCAAAAUAUGAUGGGGCAAGAUCCCACAUUUGAUGAAAUCAAUGAAAGCUAUUCUGUAUGAACAGUUGUUAAAUUCUUGAAAUUUCUGACUGAUUUCAAUGUUUUAGGGAAGCAAGAAGAAAGAGCUCGCUAUUUAAAUAAAGAUCAUGCUAUAGCAAUUUUCAAAAAAUUAGCAAAUAAUUCUCGGCUUAUGAGUGAAAGUCAAUUUAUUGAUUCCCUUGACAAAAUUACUGAUUUAUACUAUAACAAAGAAUAUGACACUAUUUAUAAUACUUCUGUUAGUAAUAAAACACUUCUUGAAAAACGCGAUCUUUUUUAUCGAUUUUUAGAGCUUGACAAUAGAAGUGCAUUCUUAAAGAAGGCGAAAGGCUUCAGAAUUGCAUUCAGUCAUGAGAAUGGUGGUGCUCGAAUAUCAGAAAACGACACAAGUAAGCGUUAUAUUUUCAGAAUGUCGCCAAUAAAGAAACAGAAACUAGAAGAAUGGAGGAAAAUGAAGCAAUCCAAAUCAGCUCCUCAUUCAAAUGUCAAGCUUAGACCGCAGCCUCAGAAAUCUCUAAAUGAAAGUAAAAUAGCUAUUCCUGCUUCAGGAUAUGCACAGAGAAGAAGAGCUCAACGAAUUGUAAAAGGAGAAGAAAUCCCUUAUAAAUUUGAAGAAGAAACUAUUCCACAGCAGCUAAAAUCUCAAAAAGUGCUAACAUUACAAGAAAUAAAUGGAAUGGAUUAUGGAGAAAUUGAUGAGCAAGGAGAUUUGAAGGAUUUAAUAACGGAUGAAAAUGACGAAUAUUUAGACCAAUUGUGAGGAUUUAAUAAAAAAGAGUCGCAAUCGAAGAUUCAAGAUGAUUUAAAAAGAUUGCAAAAUAUUAUAAAAAUGCAUGAUGAAAAAAUUGCAAAGGGGCUAAAAGUUUUGGAAAAAGCAAGGCAAGGAUAUGGUUAUGGAGUCAGAUAA